GCUCCGCAGUGCAACAGUUUGCAGCUCCCUCGCGAGAACGGCCAGGGGGCUCUGCUAUGCUCUGCGGGUCUGCCUAGCUCUGGUCCCCGGGAAGAGCCUCGGGCUGGGGCUGGGGAGACUGGAGGGCAGCCUGGUGCCUUGGGAGAGGAAAAGGGCGCGCGGACACGCGUUCCAGGCGGGGCCGGAGAGGAUCUCCUGGGCACCGCUCGCUUCCUGGCCGGCUUGCUUGCCCGCAGUUGCUCCCUCAGUCCUUCGCUCGCGCGCGCAUCCCCUCCCACACCAGGGAGUAGUUUUGGGUGGCGUGGGCUCCGUCCUCUUCUUGCCUGGUGGGAACGGUGUGCCCGAGAGAGGAAGUCUGGUGGGCCCGGCCCCUCCCAGCCCAGCGCCGAUGAGUGCCAGGGCGCCCAAGGAGCUGAGGCUGGCGCUGCCGCCGUGUCUCCUCAACCGGACCUUUGCUUCCCCCAACGCCAGCGGCAGCGGCCACGCGAGUGCCCGUGGCCCGGGUGCGGGAGGCAGCGGCGGCGGCACCUGCAUCACGCAGGUGGGACAGCAGCUCUUCCAGUCCUUCUCCUCCACGCUGGUGCUGAUUGUCCUGGUCACCCUUAUCUUCUGCCUCAUCGUGCUGUCGCUCUCCACCUUCCACAUCCACAAGCGCAGGAUGAAGAAGCGGAAGAUGCAGAGGGCGCAGGAGGAAUAUGAGCGGGAUCACUGCAGCAGCAACCCCGGCGGCAGGGGGCUGCCCCCGGCGGGCGGCCAGGCCCCAACCCACGCGAAAGAAACCCGGCUGGAGAGGCAGCCCCGGGACUUUGCCUUCUGCGCCCCCUCCGACGCCUCCUCUUCGUCUUCGUGCCCUGGCCGCCCGCGCCAGGGUCCCUGCGCUCCCCCGCCUCCCCCGCCGGCCCCCAGUCCUCAGGGAGCCCACGAAACCUCCUGUUUGGACACAGCUGGCGAGGGCCUUUUGCAAACGGUGGUACUCUCCUGAUUGUUUAGCCCCCCUCUUCUCUCCCCUUCCUCAUUUCCAGCAUCUUUGCCGUCCUUGCUUUUUCUCCCCCUCCAUCUUUCCUCUGCCAGUUUUCUCUGGCUUCCCUCCCUUUUUCCUUCUUUCCGUAUCUGCCCUCCCCUUACUGUCUCUCCUCCGCCGAGGCACUGUGCGGUAUUUGUAAAUACUGGGCGAGGAAAGUCUCGGAAGAAGAAAUAACGCUGAUAAUACUUUAUUAUUAAUAUUUAUAGUAAUUAUUAUAAUACUAAUAACACAAUCCAAGCGCAUGACAAAUCACAUAAUUUCUCAUUGUCAAUGAAGGACGCGUCUUCCCUCUUCACCCUGCACACCCCUCCCCCCCAAUAAGGAGGAGAAACCGCACAAGCUACCAAAUAUAAAAAAGGCGUUGAUUCCUGGACCAAAGGGAGUGGAGGGGGCCUGGUGUGUUGUACAUAGCUGUCGAGUUAAGGUUCAGUUCCCUUCCCUUCCUCCCCCCCCGCCCCCCCGCCCAAGCUUUCACUUUUCCUUCAGCUCCCCUUCCUUCCCCUUUCCCACCUCCGCAGGGCUCAGGCAAUACUAUAUUAUAAAGAAAACGUCUACAUUAAGCACCAGAACUACAAGAGGCCACAAAGACAGUCCCAGAAAAACGUGUAUGACAUGUACCGAUCUCUGGUCAGCCCUCUUUCUCACCCCUUCGUUAACCAUUCCCUUUUCCAGGACCAGGCAUUUAAAUUUACUUUUAGAAAUGUCCCUCGAUGGUCGAAAAUCUUUAAAUGAGUUGAAAGAAAAGAAAAGAAAGAGACAGAAAAAAAGAGAAAGAAAGAAAGAAAGAAAGAAAGAAACUCUACUGCUUUAGCUCUCUGCCCCACACCCCAGAUAUACACCUUUGACUUGGGGCAUUUUAGGAUUCACAGAAGAUCCAGAAGCUGUCCAGCCGGGUGUGGUGCUGACAUUGCUUCACCGGACUGGUUACUUUGGUUGGUUGUGCAGGCAGAGGAGGGGCUGUUUGGGGAAGUGACUGUUUUAGCUUUUUGUUGGUUUCUUUCUUCUUUUUCUACAAUCGGGUUUGUGUGUACUAUUGGUUUUAUUAUUAAACAUUGCAUAAGUUACCUUUUUUUGUAAAAAAAAAAAAAUACUAGGUGAUGUGCAGUACUGAAAGUGCAGUAUCUAACCAACCAAAAUGUUUCUGUUUCAUUUUUAGAACAAGUGCACCUUUGUUAUAUAUUUAUUAUAUUGGUACCAAAUACAGAAGCAAACUAUGGUUCUGUACUACAUCCUCCAAACUGUAUAGUCUUGUUCUUAAUUUCCAGCUGUUGAUAUAAUGGUUACCGCUGGAUGAGCAAUUCAGUGGUGCAGGCCUGGCUUCUGCUGUUUCCAGAAGUGUUCUUUUGUACCUUAUUCUGUAGUAGACUGUUAUAAAAAGAUAACACAUAUGUUUUCUUUUUUCUUUUGCGAAUAACAGAAACAACCACAACAGAAAACAAACGAAUAAUGGAUGUGCAGGAAUGCCAUCUAUUAAAACAUGGUUAAUAUUUAAACAGUGCCUGUAGUCCUGCCUGCAUGCAGUUACCACCUGGAGGCAGUGGUGUGUGUGCUUGCUUGUACUGUAUGUGUUUGGGGGGUGAGACUGGUGGGGAUAUUGGGCAAUUUGGAUGACAGGACAUGCAAAUUUCAAGAGAAGUUAAACCCAGUAACUACUUGUAGGAUAACAGUAUUUGAAGCUUGUUCAGUUAAAAAAUUUGUGCCUGCAUCUGAGAUGCAGUGAAGGAAGGGCUCUUUUUCUCUUUCUCAGUCUGGCUCACCUACGUUCGCUGGAUACACCAAAAAAGAUGGAGAGAAAAACAAAGUGAGAGAGAAGAAGAUCGAUAUUUUUAUUCUCUCUCCUGAUGCCAGACAAGGCCAUCUAUGUUAGAAAUGCAGUCCACCUGUGGUUAUUUACCACUUUGUUUCCCUUGGAUUGAUGAUAAGAAGGGGCCAGAAGGGUAUUACAAUCUUAAUUAUAUUCAGUGGCAUCCUUUCUUGGGAACCAAUUCUUUGACAGCUAUCUAAAUACUUGGAUAAUGUAUGAAUGAGAAUGUUCUACCGAAAGCCCAACUAAAAGAGUUCUUAUUAACCUGCAGGGUGUAAGGCAACAGUGCCCCUAAGUGCAUCCCUCUUCCAAAUAGCUAGUAAUUCUAGCUUCUCUGUCUUGGUUCCAGGCUUCUGUGCUCUUAUCUAGAGAAGAAUAUUACCUCUGAGGUUUUAGGUCAUCUGUUAAAUUGCCCAAGCUCAGUCUGCAUCUUUUAUACAAAUAAUUUAAUAAGCUUAAUUUUAAUCACCCAUUAGAUAUUCACUCAAGUCCUUUCCUGAAGCACAGAGGAUCAUCAUUUAAGCAUGCCCUGUUGUAAUAUUAGGAAGACCAGGUAUAAUCUUUGGGUUCAGUGUAUUAAUCAAGAAACCAGAUUCUCUCCAGUGCCUUAGUCACUUCCUAGUAAUAGGUAAAAGAGUGCAUUAACUCCCUCGGGCCACUAGGGAGCCCUUUAGUGCAUCAGGCUCUACAUUGUACAUCAGAAUGACUAAGGCACUGUGAAGAAGAAAGUCCGUUAAUUUUUGUAGCUCACCCCCAUUUAGCUGUAGCUGUUUAAGACCUUAUUACAGAAUGACUUUUGGACUUGAAAUUUGAAUAGAAUCAGGGACUCAGAAGGGAGCUUCCUCAUUUCCAAUAAGCUCCACUAAGUGCAUGGAUAUUACUUUCUCCCCCUUGUUUGGUGCACUUCUUACAGUGAAUAAUUUCCCAUUUUAUUAAAGCAAUAAGAUGUUCUGUUGUGAGCAGUGCUGGAUGAUGAUUCCAUUUCCUUGGUGCUGAAGCUACUCAUACGUUUUUGCCUUAUGAAUCACAGUGCAUUCAAGGCAUGCAAUAAUAAUCCCCUUCUAAGGAGCAGCCUGUACACUCUAGGGGGUAAUUAUGAAAUUGUCCUAUAUAAUUUUUCCCCAAAGGAAUAGGAAACAGGAGAAAUGAAAGCAUUAUGUAUACUGUUUAAAAAACAUCUUUAUACCUCUAAACAUGGGCACGCAUCCAUAAUAUUCUCUUAUUGUGCACCUUUAAAUAUGUAUGCCUUUCUCCAUUGACUGACUGUGGUUUAAUAUUUUUAAUAGUGCUCUUUGUAAAGAUGAUAUGGUUUGUGAGUCAAAUUUCUUGCUGAGUUUAAUAUACUCAGAAUUCUAAGCUUCUGGUGGUGUCACUUGAGAUUUUUUAUGAGAUAGUGAAUUACAUGAAAUUCUAGUAACACCAGUCCCCACACCAAAUUAUUGCAAUAAGCAAAUAUCCAAGCAAUUUGCACAGACCCUGUUUAGAGCACUGCAUCUUAUUGAGCUCAAUUGACAGUCUCAGGAGUUUGGGAUGCUACCAACAGGGCAUUUUGGAUUUCAUUUAUAUGAAACAAAAGGCAAUCUGGAAAUAGCUGAAUUUAUUUUAAGGAUUUUAUUCACUGAUGUCCCGUCAAAUGAAUUGCUUCAAAUCCCUAUAGCUACAGUUCAACUUCUGCACUUGCUAUUCAAUAUUAAUAAGGUGGCAUGCUUGAUUCUUACUGUUUUUAAAAAAUGAGAAAAUUGGAGCGAGAAUACCAUUAUGUCAACUGUAUGGGACUCUGAAUCUUAAAGAUGUAGAUGAAUAUAAUCUUCUUUAGAAUUUAUAUACACCCAUAGAUAUGUAUUUAUAUAUGCAUACCUUUUGUACAAAUUUACAAUGGACUUUUUGUAUUCUCUUUUCUGUCAUUAUAAGAAUGAGAUGGAAACCAAACCGUUGUUCCAUCCUCUUAUCCAGAGAGGAUACUGAGAAGCCAGGUAUAUGCAUGUACUUAUUUCUCUGGGGUUAAAUCCGAAUGACUUUCUCUUUAUUUAAUGAAAGGGGAGAGUCUUGUUUGGCUCGGGGAAUUGGUAAUUAGAUAAGCUUCCUUUCCUAGUUAGUGACUCAAAUGUAGCAAUGAUAAUGAACUUGUGACCAUACCUGUGCGGUCUAAAUAUCUAGAUGGAAAGCAAAAAUAUCUAGAAGAGCUUUAGGGCUAUCUAGACCACAAACUUGGAUUGUGGCUUGAUUUUUUUUUUUUUUUUUUUAUUUUCAGCCUAUAUGUUGUGUGGAGAUACAACUUCUAUCUGCAUAGCUAAAGGUAAAGUGAGAAUUUGACCCUUAUCUGUUUAGUUUGGUAUGUAAUUUUUGGAAAAUAUGGAUAAAUUAGCUUUUAAAAAAAACUUUGGCGUCUGACUUCUCCACUAUUUCUAUCUAUAUCGAUUGAAUUAAUUAGAUAAUGGUUAAAAUUCCAUUUUUUUUCCAUUGUGUAGACAUAUGCUUUAAAUGCUUUUCUGUGGGUGACAGUUGAGCAAUUGCUAGCUGAUAUUAUGUGGAAUUUAUAGGUUAAAUUAGAACCAGGAACUUUAAUCUGGUCAGACUCCUCAGGUCCAGUUCCCUGUGAAUCUGGACUUUGAAUCUGAAUUUGGAAAACCACUUCUCUGAGCCAUCCUUUUUUGGAAUUAGUGAUUGUGGCUCAUAGAUGUUUUAGUUCACAUUUGAAUGAACUGAGCUAUCUAUGGAGGGGUUGAAUUGAACAUCAAUCUGAUUCUGAUUUGGUUUCUGAUUUACUUGAUAACAUUUGAGACAGUUUUGAUGACUUGACAUCAAUACUUAUUAAUGUCACCAACCUAGUGAUACAGUUGUUGCCAUGUAAGAAUGCUUAGCUAAGAAUAAGAAUUUAAUUAACUUUAGUUGAGGACAAUGUCUUAUCAAGGUAGUUCUACCUGUUUGAAGCAGGGACACUUGUGAUUUCGUUGGGUUGCCACCAUAGGGAGAUUAACAACAAGAAGAAUGACAAGAGCAACAGAAAAAACUGAUUUUUGAACUCAAAUAUAUGCGACAGAAUGAAACAGAUAUUAGAAUUCAUGAAAAAUUUGUUUUGGUUUUCUAUCAAUAAAAGAGUUUUCUUGUUAA